AUGUCCACUAUACCAGUACCGCCAUCUACAACAGCCUCACCAAGCGCACCAACCACCACCAGCACGCCCGCAGGCACCGGCCCAGGCAAAACACUCCAAAGCGGCUACUACUGGAUCCGCGGCGUCGCAGCCCCCAACUUCCACAAAUACUUCCAAACAAACCCCCUCUACUCGACCGGCCCCGCCCUCCUCGGCGACUACACAACAGCCGGCCAGUUCCAAGUCGUCAGCGGCCAGCUCGUCCAACUCGUCUCCGCGCCUGGCGAACCCGUUAAGCUUCUCUACGCCGUGGUGUCUGAGGAGCGCUCGAUCAACGGCAUGUCGCUUGCUGUUAGUUUCUCGGAGAGUAAGAAUACGUAUGGUACGUUUGCGUGGGGCGGAGAUGAUCUUCAGUGGAGUGUUGCGGGUGUGAAUCGGCCGAAUAAGAGUGCGUGGUAUGUGUGUGCUGGGCAGAAGUUGUAUAUCAAUUUGGGGAAUUAUUUGUAUCAGACGCCGAGUGGUUGCGCUGAUCAGACUGUGCAUUAUUAUAACGAUAUGACGGCGAACAACUAG